AUGGACGCAACACUUCUCACUGCAAUUAUCGGAUUGUUGGUGAUUGUAGCAAUUGCUUUUAUCUUUUUGAAGGGAAAGAGUACAAAGAAAGGAAAUGCAUUGAUGAUUACCGGAUUGUGUCAGUCAGGAAAAACAUGCUUGUUUUUUAAAUUGAAGGAUGGAAAAAUUGUGCAAAGCCACACUAGCGUAAAGGAAAAUUAUGCCAAGUUUGUUCCAAAAAUCAAGUUCGGAAAUAAGAGCUUUGAUAAGGAAAUUGAGGUUGUUGAUAUUCCUGGUUCUACCAGAGUUAGAAAACAAUUGAUCAAUGAAUAUUUACCAAUUACCAAACAAUUGAUUUAUGUUUUGGACUCUUCUGAAUUGGAUAUUUCUGCAAAUGCUGAAUUUUUAUAUGAUAUUUUGACUGAUAGAAAAUUGACAGAUGAAGUCAAACCAGCAAUUACAAUUAUUUUCAACAAGUCCGAUAUUUCAUUCUAUGUAAAGAAUCAAAUUAAGAGAGAUCUUGAAAAGGAAUUAAUUACUAUUCACAAUACUAAGAAACACCAACAUCAAUCUAUUGAUGAAGAUGCAAGCUCAGCACCAAAUCCAUUGAUUGAAUCUAAGGAAUUCACUUUUGAAGGAUGGAGUACAUUCAGAAACAUUCCAGUUAAUAUUGAAUUUUGUUCAAUUGCUGCUGAAAGUGAUGCUACUUUUGAAAAGGUUAUUGAUUCUGUCAUCUCUAGUUUGUAA